AUGCCGACAAUGGAGAAAGAGACCAACAUCUCCUGCAUCAUCCAUGACGACUGCAUCCUACCCUGCAGCUUCAACCCCCCCGGCACAGUGGUGAUCCACUGGUACAAGCAGCAAAUACCCGUACACAGCUACUAUUACAACAAGGAUCAGUUUGGGCUCCAGAACAAACACUUCAGCGGGAGGACUUGUCUAUUUCACUCCCAUAUCCCUCAAGGGAACGCAUCUCUCCUGCUCAGGAGGGUCAAAGUUCAGGACAAAGGGAGGUACAAGUGCUACACCAGCACACGCAAGGGGAACCAGGAAAUAUUUGUCAACCUGGAAGUGAAGGCUCUGAUCCACACUGUCAUCAUGGAGUUAAGUGAUGAGAUGGUCACAUGCUCCUCCAACAACAUCUACCCCGCGCCCCUUGUGACAUGGGCCACAGUCCCCCCCUCUACACAGGAAACUUUUGAGAACGUCACUACAAAAACCACAGACCACAAGGGACUUUUCAACGUACAAAGUUCAGUGAAGAUUCAGGGGAACGUCUCUGAGUAUACGUACUUGUGUUCAUUUGUGUCAGCGGAUAAGACCCAGGUGUGGACCGCCUCUCGGAAAAAUCAAGUGAUGACAAAAGAAGAGGGGGGCACACUGUGCAUCCCCUGCAUUCUCCCACACGGUCUUCCCAAUUUCACCCUCACCUGGACCUUCACUUCCUCCAGUGAGCCCACAGUAAUUGUUCGAUACGACAGCAGACACGGCGGACACACCUUCAACCUAUGGGAGGGUUUAGCCGAACUGGACGAGGAGCGCCUCCAGCUGGGUAAUGGAUCCCUUCUACUUCACAAGCCAGACAGUGAAGCGCACUCUGGGACGUACGCGUGCAUCUUCACAGGCCACCAGAGCCGACUCAUUGUUCAGACCAAUGUCAACAUCACCGUGGCAUCAAUGGGUUUGACUGAGCGGAGUAUGCAGAGGUCACGAUGGAGCGCUGCAGCAUCUGCAGCUUUUGUCUUGUUCACCAUCAUUUUGGCUAUUCCACAGUGUCUAAGGCAUAGAGGAGUACAGUCGACGACACACAGACACAAUGGAGCAGGUCUUAUUGAGGCUGGCCUGCACAAAGACCCAAACCACACAGCUACAUACAUCAUCAGGCAACAUGCUGUUGACUGCAGAGGAUUACACCAACAAACCCGACCGCGGGAAGAACUGCCUGGCAGAAAUGUAACAGAAAAUUACCAUUCUGAGGAUUCAACACCAGAAGGAAAAGAAGGAGGAAAAACUGAGGAAAGAAAAAAUGCUUGUCAGCAGUCCAGCAGUGUAGAGCUGGUGAAGUUUGUCAAUACUGAGCCUGUCAACUUUGCAGCAGAAGAAAAUAACACAUCAGACUCUAAAUAAACGGUCAAUCCAAUCAUUUUCACAAGUCUUCUCAGAAAUACAUCCCAUGUUUUCCUUCAUUCUCCUCCACAUUCAUUUUUUCCUUGGCGCCUGCUCAGAAUUGGAAUCGUACGGCAGGCAUUUGGUUAGACUUAACCAACGCAUAAUCACUCGCCGCUUGGUAGCCAAUCAAUCCCCCUCCCCCUGUCUGGAGGUGUAACAUUCCGGUGCUUUGUGGCAAACACAUUUGUGUAUAAUGCAGGCAGAAAAGUGACGAGUGAAAAGUGUUUAAAGCCCUAAAAUGUAGGGGGAAAAUAUGUCUUUGUGUGCGUGUUCUUCUCAUUUGGUCAGGAAUUCCAGUCCAAAAGCAACUGAAUAAGGGCAGAAAGUCUCUUCUCCACUAACAGCUACAAAACAUAUGUGAUAUGCAGUUUUACAAAAAGUCCAUAUUAGGAUCUUUUUCAGGAAAAAAGGCAUACAAUUCCAGUUUUGAGGGGUGGUAACUUAGGGUUUGUGGCUUGAGGUACUGUAUUAUAAAUAAAUAGUAUUAGUGGUGCUAAUGUACAUGUAUCUCAGCUAUCCUCAAAGUUGUAUUAUCAUUAGACAAACGAUCAAUGACUUGAUAAGUCCCAGCUAUGCCUCUGCAAUUGUUUUUGUUUUUCAACCAAUCUUGUGCAAAUUUUGCUGACAUGUGCUUGCUUGUCAGUACCCUAAAGGUAUGUACCAAAUUUUGUGGUGAUUCAGCUAAACCCCCUGAAGUUAUGGUGGGUGUUUUGUUGAGUGCAUUUAUGUGUGAAAUUUAAACUUUUUCAAAGUAUGGGCUGGAACUUUGAGGUUGAAAAACAGUGCCAACAUGUUGUAUUUUUGUCAGCUUAUAGCACAGGCAACACAGUAAAUGUGCAUAUUUUGACACAUUUUCACCUGUUUCGCCACGUUUUUACCUAAUUGUACAAAGCUAACCAAAUACAUUUAUCAUAUAAAGUAAUAAUAAUGAAUUCAUAUUUAUGCACUGUAUUUUUAAACCAUACAGCUAAUUGACAUUGUACAUACUAGGUUCCUAUCACCAAAAUGUAUACUAAUAACCCCCCCCCACCACCACCAAAAGGUGUCCAAUGCAGCCCAGAAAGACGUGAAUGUGUGUGUAUGUGACUUUAUGUCAAAGCUCCAAGGUCUGAGUCUGGAAGUAAUCAUCUUGUCCAGGCUCCACACAGCCCCCUGCCCAUGAUGUCACUGAAGUUUCGGUUCCUGGAGAAUUGGGGGAUUUUUCUUAUGUAAGUUUUUCUUUCAGCUGCCUCUCCUGUAUCUUUGUUUUUUUUUAGUUCUUUUUUUUUUUUACAUGUAUCUAUGUCAUGAGUCCUAACAAUAUUCGCCACAAAGUGUUCAUGACAAACUAAUUGCUUUACACCACAAGCACAGUUUAAUAAGUUUAUGUUAAGUGGUUUUAUUCUCCAUCUGUAUGAUCAAAUAUCACGAGGAGGGGUGGAGUUCUCUCUCUUUAUAAGGCAGCCAAAGCGGCCACCCACGUCUCCACAUACCAUAGAAAAACAACCAUCCAAGACUCAACAUAUUUACUACCUAAAUGCAUACUUUGGAUUGGUUUUGUUUUAUGUACAUGUUUUACAUUUUUUGCUGUGACUGCAUUUCUGGGAUGGG